AUGCUCAUCACCGUCAGCGACGUGCCCACCCUCCUCGACAUCUCCGACUCGGUCGCUGCGAACGUCGCUGGCAGCCUCGGCGGCGUCGACAAGCUGUUGGAGCCUGCGUCCGCAGCUUCGGAGAAGAUCAAACAAGAAAUUAUUGUACAGGCGGGACUGCUGCUUGCGGAGGCGCGCGAGGUGGGCGGUGAUGACCCAGUCGCAGAUCCACCCGAAGCUGCGGACGCGGGCUCCAACAGCUCGCCGACGCCGCCGAGGCUGCCGGCGACGUUCGCAGCGGCCGAGUUGAAGAUGUCAAGGAGGGUGGGCACAGUGCCGACGGUGACGAGCAUGGAUAGCACACGGACGUUGUUGUUGUUGUUGUUGUUGUUGUUGUUGUUGUUGUGUUGGUCGGCAAUGGCAGCAGAGGAGGAGCAGAGGGAUUUGAUGAGGGAGCCGGAUGAAAUUCACCCAAAAAGGUACUCAAUCACAGGAGAAAGAAGAGCAGCAGCAGGAGCAGCAGCAGCGGCAGCAGCUUUCCCCUCACUGUGCUCUGAAGUCUCAAUGGAGGCGAAGAAAGCAGUAGGAGAAGAAGGCCCCGACCCGAACCCCUGCGCCGUGGCUCCGCAUGCAAAAUGGUCCGCGUGGCGCUGCUCGCGCUCGCCGAGGAGGAGGAGGGAUCGACGGAAGCGGCGAUCUCCGCCUACAUCGUCUCCGCCUUCUCCGGCCUCCCUCCCGGCCACGCCAGCCUCCUCCCCUACUACCUCACCGACCUCCUCUCCUCCGGCUUCCUCGCCCCCCUCUCCCCCUUCCCCCCAAAACCCUAACCCUAGCUCAGAACCCUCGCCCACCACCACCACCAGCCGCCGCCGCCGCCGCGGGAGGCAGCCGAAGAACGCCGCCGCGGCUGCGCCGGCGGAGGCGGAGGCGGAGGCAGUGCCGGCGGUGGAGGCAGCAGAACCCUCGCUCAGAACCCUCGCUCACCCUUACCCUAACCCUAACCCUAACCCUAGCUCAGAACCCUCGCUCACCACCAGCAGCAACCGCCGCCGCCGCGGGAGGCGGCCGAAGAACGCCACCGCGGCUGCGCCGGCGCCUCCGCCGCCGCCGCCGCUGCCGGCGGAGGCGGAGUUAGUGCCGGCGGGGACUGAGACGGCGACGGCGGUGGAGGCAGCAGAACUCUCGCUCAGAACCCUCGCUCACCCUUACCCUAACCCUAACCCUAACCCUAGCUCAGAACCCUCGCUCACCACCAGCAGCAGCCGCCGCCGCCGCGGGAGGCAGCCGAAGAACGCCGCCGCGGCUGCGCCGGCGCCUCCGCCGCCGCCGCCGCCGCCGCUGCCGGCGGAGGCGGAGGUAGUGCCGGCGGGGACGGAGACGGCGACGGAGACGGCGACGGCGGUGGAGGCAGCAGAACUCUCGCUCAGAACCCUCGCUCACCCUUACCCUAACCCUAAUCCUAACCCAAGCUCAGAACCCUCGCUCACCAGCUGCAGCAGCCGCCGCCGCCGCGGAAGGCCGCCGAAGAACGCCGUCGCCGCUGCGCCGACGGAGACGGCGACGGCGGUGGAGGCGCCGGUCCGCCGCGGCAGAGGAAGGCCCCGGAAGCGCGCCGCCGUUGCCGCGGGAGGUCUCCAUUGCGGUCAAGGAAAAUAAAGAGAAGAAGAGAGAAGAAGAGGGGUAAAAAAAAGAGGAGAGAGAAGAAAAAAAAAGAGCCAAUUUCAUACGGCUCCUUAAAAUAUAGUGUAAAUUAUAAAAUAUAUU